CUCGACUAUAAGAAUACUCCGGUGCAUUUAGUCGUACGUUGUCUCCUUCCUCACCCCAACAUGUCUCCCCCUCCCGCCUCCAGAAGCGCGAUUAAACGCCUACUAUAUGCAGCACAGCACAGCGCAUGCCCCUGCCAUGGAUGCCGAACAGGAGGGUCGCAUAGUCCCAUGCAGGCAAUCAGCCAGAUGAGAAAGUUUGCUACCCCGGUGGAGGCGCAUCCGGUAGAGAAGGAGUAUGCAUUUGAGGUUGCCGCAGCGAACUUACGCUUCGGAGAGGGCGUUACGCGUGAGGUCGGGAUGGACUUGAAGAACAUGAAAGCGCGGAAGGUUGCCGUCUUCACAGAUCCCAUCGUUGCCAAGUUGCCGCCAGCCAAGAUGGCGAUUGCAUCACUGGAAUCGCAAACCGACCUGCCUUUUGUUGUAUACGACCGUGUGGUAGCUGAGCCGACAGAAGCCAGUUGGCGAGAUGCGAUUGCAUGGGCGAGAGAACACGAUUGCAGCCACUACCUCGCUGUUGGUGGAGGCAGCGUCAUGGAUACCGCAAAAGCUGCGAACCUGUUCUCGGUGUACAAGGAUGCAGAUCUAUUUGACUUUAUCAAUGCACCGGUUGGCAAAGGACUGCCGAUCACGCAGUCUCUGCAUCCUCUCAUUGCAGUGCCCACGACCGCUGGCACUGGCUCGGAGACCACGGGUACAGCAAUCCUGGACAUUACUUCCAUGUCAUUCAAAACUGGCAUUGCAAACCGGGCGAUGAAGCCCGUCCUGGGUAUCGUAGAUGCGCUCAACACCCGGUCCUGUUCCAGAGAACUGCACAUCAGUGCUGGCUUAGAUGUGCUUUUCCACAGUCUCGAAAGCUACACUGCGAUUCCGUACACCGAGCGUGUGCCUCGACCGUCAAACCCGGUCCUCCGACCAGCCUAUCAAGGCAGCAACCCCGUUGCGGAUGUCUUCUCUAUGUGGGCUUUACACACAACUGUGAAGUAUCUUCCGCGUAUCUCGAAGAGUUUGGAGGACUAUGAGGCAAUGAGACAAAUGGUGUUGGCGGCUUCGUUUGCAGGUAUUGGGUUUGGAAAUGCCGGAGUACAUCUCUGUCAUGGUAUCAGCUAUCCGAUUUCUGGAUUAAACAAGCAGGGACCGAAGUACAAAUUUGCUGGGUACAACGUCGACCAUCCCAUUAUCCCACAUGGUAUCAGUGUCGCGCUUUCCGCACCUGCCGUCUUCCAGUUCACUGCACCCUCCUCUCCUUCCCGGCACCGUGAGGUGCUCGCAAUCUUCCUAGGCACGACACCCGCCGAUCCCAGCAUCUCCUCCAUCCCCGACUCGGAGAUCGGCGCGCAUCUGUUCGAGGCGAUUGCACGCUUCCUUGAUAAUCUGCACGUCCCACGUGGUCUGAAGGCCGUCGGGUACAAGAAGGAGGAUGUGCCGAAGCUGGUGGAGGGCGCGAUCCCGCAGAGGCGAGUUCUGGACCUUGCACCGGGUAUCGGCGAUGUGGCCGGCGCAGAUGGGCGGGAGCACUUGACACAUAUCAUUGAGCGUUCAAUGGAGUAUUGAGCUCUAUGUCAUGGGAACAUUAGUGUAACGCUAGAAAUCGUGUAAGAAAAACGGACCAUUUGCUAACGCGUGCAUCCUCGCACAGUGAUACAUGCUCGCGCUCGCCUGGAUAUUAUCUGUCUUGCCAGACAAGUCAUGAUGCAUGGAUAUCUGGAU